AUGGUGUCGAUACCAGAGUUCUACAUGGGCAAGAAUGUUCUCAUCACAGGAGCCACAGGCUUCAUGGGGAAGGUUCUGCUUGAGAAGUUGCUGCGAUCUUGUCCCGGAGUCAAGACUGCAUAUAUCCUCGUGAGAGCCAAAGCAGGCCAGAACUCUCAAGCACGAGUUCAAGAGAUGCUCAAUUGCAAGCUUUUUGACAGACUGCGAGAGGAGCAGCCCGAUUUCAAAGAGAAGGUUGUCGCAGUGAGCAGUGAACUGACUCAGCCAGAGCUCGGUCUUGGCCAGGCUGACAAAGAACUCUUGAUGUCUUGCAUUAACAUCGUCUUCCACUGUGCAGCCACCGUGCGCUUCAAUGAAACUUUGAAGGAUGCAAUGCAGUUGAAUGUGGUCGCCACCCGCCGGCUCGUUUGUUUUGCACAGUUGAUGAAGAAGCUUGAAGUCUUCAUUCAUGUCUCCACUGCCUAUGCGCACUGCAAUCGCAAGCAUAUUGAGGAGGUCAUUUAUCCACCUCCAGUUGAUCCUAAAAAAUUGAUUGAAGCCCUGGAGUGGAUGGAUGAUGACUUGAUUCAGGACAUUACAAGAAAACUGAUUGGUGAAAGACCAAACACCUACACCUAUACUAAAGCCAUGGCAGAAUAUGUUGUGCAGCAAGAAUGUGGCAGCUUAAAUGUAGCCAUUGUUAGACCUUCCAUUGUGGGAGCCAGCUGGAAGGAACCAUUUCCUGGCUGGAUUGACAAUUUCAAUGGACCAAGUGGACUCUUCAUUGCCGCUGGCAAAGGAAUCCUGCGUACAAUGAGAGCAGCGAACAGUGCUGUGGCAGACCUGAUCCCAGUGGAUGUGGUUAUAAACAUGACUCUGGCGGCUGCAUGGUACUCGGGAGUUCAUAGGUACAGCAGGCCAAGAAAUAUAUUGGUUUACAACUGUACUACCGGUGGCACCAAUCCGUUUCACUGGGGUGAAGUUGAAUACCAUGUAAUAUCAACUUUCAAGAGGAACCCUCUCGAACAGGCUUUCAGACGGCCCAAUGUAAAUCUAACCUCCAAUCACUUGAUCUAUCAGUACUGGAUUGCUGUAAGCCACAAGGCCCCAGCUUUCCUGUAUGAUGUCUACCUCAGGCUUACUGGAAGAAAACCAAGGAUGAUGAAAAUCAUUAAUCGGCUUCAUAAAUCAAUGAUGCUGGUCGAAUACUUCACAAGCCAUACAUGGGUGUGGAACACUGAUAAUAUAAAUAUGCUCAUGAGUCAGAUGAACCCAGAUGACAAGAAGGUAUUCAACUUUGAUGUAAGACAGCUGCACUGGGCCGAAUACAUGGAGAAUUACUGCAUGGGAACCAAGAAGUAUGUACUCAACGAGGAGCUCUCUGGACUCCCGGCCGCCAGGAAACAUCUGAUCAAGUUAAGAAAUAUUCGCUAUGCAUUCAAUACAAUCCUGGUUGUCUUGAUCUGGAGAGUGUUUAUCGCAAGAUCGCAGAUGGCACGGAAUAUCUGGUACUUUGUGGUCAGCCUGUGCUUCAAGUUCUUGUCCUACUUCAGGGCAUCGAGUACCAUGCGAUACUGAAGAUGCUACAAUUACUCAGUCACCUAUGCAUUUAUGGAUAGCUGUACUGGACAUUGAUAAAAUCUUGUGUUAAUGUUUGUACUAAAAAAAAAACCCGUACCCAAUUCUAUUUUGUCAUGUAUGUAAUUUGUUAAAGCUACUUUAUUAUAAGUUAGGACAGCUAUCUAGCACCAUUAUAAGUACAGAAAUGCACUGAAGUACAGUGAAGAACUAUUUCAGGGUUUAAAAUAAGCUUUAACACUGAAGGAAGAAUGACAUGGGGAAAACAAGUUUAAUUUUUUUUUCCAUCGAAUUGCUGUAUUCAAAUUUCUGUAGGUCAUCUCUGCCACUUCACCGAGUUCAUGAGACUUGUUCCGUUGUAAGUGGAGUUUGUCCAUAAUUACUAAUUUACUCAUAGUGCAUGCUUUCAUCAGUUUACCUUUCCGUCACUGCAUUGGACAUUCAGUUUGAACUUCAGUGGUGUACAAUAAAGCAGAAGCGAGUCUCCUAAUAUUGGCAGCAAGGCUUGAUUUUCCUGCCUUUACCUUUCCCACGUGACACCAGUCACGUCGCUGAGCUUCCCUCUCUAAUCUGCUUCUGACUGGGCUUUCGGUAACCUUUCAGUAAUAGUGCUAAUUGCUUUAGCUGAACUGAGCAUAAAGCACCAAACCCGCUGUUUAAUCGGCAAAUGUUGAAUGAGACCUGCACUUGGCCGGAAACUGCAAAUCAGCUUGGGAUGCAUUUGACUGAAAAUAUUAGAGGAGAUGUUUACUUUCAUAUAGCUUCUGCAGCUGUGCCCUGAGGAACAGUCUCGUACCAUUCCUGAAUGCUAGGGCACAGAGCAUAAACCUGAGGAGCUUCAACUGAAUGUCUGACUGCAACAAAUAAACUAGUUGGGAGUGCAGAGAGGAAGGGUGCUGGAUUACAAUUGACGAGGAACUGAUGGAUGAAGCUGUCAAUAUACUGUGCGUUUUGUGCUAGCGCCCCAGACCAAUUUCACCCCCUCCUCUCAGCCAAAGGUUUUCUAAAUUAGCUGUUGGUUUUAUGCAGAAGUUGCAAAUGAUCUAUUAUACCUGAAGACAUUCCUGAAUUGGUGAAUUAAUGCACUAUGCUCUCUGCAGACACGGACAAAUGGUUGUACUUUGGGGGGAGGGGGGGGGGAAUAAAAUAGGAAAUAUGUGUUUUUGCCUUGAUUUGGGUGGGAAGACGGGGUCUCAUGGGAGCGGCAGAUGGUGCCUGGCUUUAUUGAGUUAUGCCGAAGAGUUUUGAUGCAAGAAUAUCAGCUGGUCACUCUGAUGUGCACUCGGGGUUGCUGGCCUUUUUUGGUGUAAGGAUAAAAUGUAUAAAAUUUGUAUUGUUUUUGGAUUUGGGUUAUAAGGAGACUUCCCUUGGAACCCAAGCUGUGGAUAUCCCGUUUAUUUUGUUCUGCAGCUUCACAACCUGGUGUUUCGAUUAUGACGGACUUGUACAUGUUAAUAAUGGGCACUUGUCAGUCUCUGCCUGUCUGGGCUAAAAUAUAGACAUGUGUCAAACCCUUCCGAUUAAGGAUGAUCUGAUUAAUGUCGCUAUAAAAUACUAUAAAACAAGUCCGUUGUUUGAAUUACUACUUGUUGGCACUGAUGUCUGAGUAAAUGAUGGCAUCUGUGCACAGAUCUCUAUAUAUAUAUAAAUUAGAUUGGAUGGGACUGGUUCAAUUCAAGAGUAGAGGUGGAGCCAAGAAGUUGAAUUAAGCCAAAAAUUCAAAGCCACCAGCCUAUAAUUCACAGCAUUAUGUACUUUAAUUUCUACAGCCUCGUUAUCUAGAAGACUCCUUUCAUUUCAUGGCCUGGAUGGAGCCCAUAUUUCUCACAAAAUGUCUCACCUGCUCGUGAAGCAUGAAACAAAUGGGGGUCAGAGGUUUGGUAGCUGAACAGGCGUGAUGCUGCAGUGAAAGCAUUGUCCUCUGGGCUGACCACUCUGUGUUAAAUAUUUCCAUCUCCCGAACGUCUCUCUGACUUCUGCGGCAUACAGUUUGGCCGGUAUCCCUAUCCCUCACCCACCCCCCUCCCUCACUUUUAAUUUUAAUAAAGCCCACCACUACCUUUAUAUCUAAACUGGAUGGCAGUCCCCAGUCUCUUGUAGUGUGGACGGAUCUGUGUUGACGACUGUAAUUCAAACCUUGCUUUAUAAAGUUGAAGCAAGGGCACUUUGUAAACCGAGAGAGCCUUUUCCACUUGUGUUUACUAGGAAUUACUGACUUUGGCCUUUUUGUAAAUAGCAGAUAAUUAGCAGGUGAAAAUUUGAGGCCUACUAUGCCUGGUCUAGUCCUUGUGCUGAAUUUUACAGGUAUGGGUGGUGGUUGAGGGGAGCUGGUGUGUAAAUGGCACUGGGUUUUGAUGUGCACUUAAAAAUCUGUUGUAAAAUAGUACUUCAGUGUGCAUUGUAUGGUUGGCGCUGCCUUUAAAAGAAACUGAUAAUUUUUAGUGAAUGUUUCCCGCAAAGGACAAUAGAUGACAUUUGUAAUUGACAGGUAUUUAUUGGCAUCAGCUGGUAUAAAACUAGGGUUGUCUGUUAGAAUUGACUUUAAUUUAAGAAAAUUUUCUGUACACUUCCAGUCAAACUUUUUCAUCUGAAAGCAAUGUUAAAUGCUAUACUGCAAUGGCAGCAUUCAUAUUUUUACACUGUAUGUAUGAAAAAUGGACAAGCAUUAAUGUCGCAGUUAGCAGUACAACAGUGAUUUGUGAAUGGAAAAUUAAAUGGGUGCCUUUGAGAAUCAAUAA